AUGAGGGUUUUAGGAAUACUUCUCAUCGCCGUGCUCCUCCUCUUCACUUCACCAUCAACAGCGGAAAUCCAAUCACGGAAUAUCCGAUGGAAUGAUAAAUAUUUGAUAUUAUUUGAGGAGUUUGAGUUCACAAAUACCGGUUUUGUCUCAGUCGCGAUCUCCAACGUGUCAGUCAUCUCCCCCUAUGAUUUUGAUCCUUCACGUAUCGGUUUCUUCCUUGUCCAAUUAGACUUGAAAGAACUCGCCCUCCAAUUAUUUAACCGUAAAUUCUGCGUAAUGAAUUCCAGACUCAUCUCGCCUCUCUUUACGUUCCAAAAUCUCUCAUGUCCUUAUUCUUCAUUCAACAUUACGUACCCUACGCCAUAUCCCAAUAUGUUAUCCCUCUACUACGCCAAUUGCAACGACAAAACCUACGUUACCAUGGACGUCCGCACUGAGCUCUACAACACAGUUAACGACACUACCAAGAUCUAUCUGUCACUAACACAGCUCCCGUCGUUUUACUUCAAAUUCUCUCUCGUUUAUUUGUUUUUUCUAGGGUUUUGGAUCUUCUUGUGCUUCAAGAACAAAAAAUCUAUUCGCGAGGUUGAUUUACUAAUGGGUGGGUUGCUUGUUGUGAGUGUGCUUCUAUUGAUUAGUAAGUAUAUGGAAAAACACUAUGUGGAGGUUACAGGUACUCCUCAUGGAUGGGAUACCAUGGUUUACACAUUACAGUUUUUCAGGAUUGUGUUCUUGUUCGCUGUGAUCACGUUGAACUCUCCCAGAUGGUCUUGCUUGGAUGCUGAAGAGGUAUUCGUAAUGUUGUUUUGCCUCGGAAUUUUUCUACUUUUGACCUCGUUGUCUUAUUUACCUUCCCUUAUAAUAGGGGAUGACACCUCUUCUGAAGAAUGGAUCCCUUUCUGUCUUGAGAUGAUGAUGCGCAUCUUUGAGUUUGGCAGUGUUUUGGACGUGCUUUUUAAUUGUGGCUACGGGAUAUUUGUUCUAUUGGAGGAUUCCUAUUUUUGUAGUGAAGGUCUCUUUAGUCGUUUGAGGAAGAUGAUAGAAUACUUUGUUCUUGAAGCUAAAGAUGAAGAAAACAAACAUGAUAGCUAUCGGGGAUGGUGA